UUGACCAACGGUUGACCAGUGGUUGACCAUGAGCCAGCAGUGUGCCCUGGUGGCCAAGAAAGGCCAAUAAUGGUCAACUUCAACAGGUCGACUCCAGUGGUGGCCAACAGGUUGACCAAGGGUUGACUGUGAGUCAGCAGUAGAUCCUGGUGGCCAAGAAGGGCUAAUAAUGGUCAACAGGUCAACUUCAGUGGUGGCCAACAGGUUGACCAAUGGUUGACUGUGAGUCAGCAGUAUGCCUGGUGGCCAAGAAAGCUGAUGGUGGCCAAGAGGUUGACCAAUGGUUGACCUACAGCUGACCACAAACCAGCAGUGUGCUCUGGUGGCCAAGUAGGCUAAUGGGAGCCCAGAGUCCAUUGCCCAGAGCAUGGCCAACAGGGCGAGGGAGGUGCUUCUCCACUCUGCUCUGCACUGGGGAGGCUCCAUCUGGAGCAGCGGGCCCAGCGUUGGGCUCAGCUGUUGCCAAAGGGCUGGACUGCAAUCAGAGCACAACUCAAAGCAAUUUCUGCCAUUUCAGUGCUACCUGACCUGCCACAAGAAGUGUCUGGAGAACCUGCUGAUCACCUGCGGGCACAAGAAGCUGCCCAACCGGGCGCCUCUCUUUGGCAUUGACUUCACCCAAGUUCCUCGAGACUUCCCGGAGGAGGUUCCCUUCAUCGUGGUGAAGUGCACCUCUGAAAUUGAAGCUCGUGCGUUGGGAGUGCAGGGGAUCUAUCGGAUAAGUGGAUCCAAAGCCCGGGUGGAAAAGCUGUGCCAAGCGUUUGAGAAUGGCAGGAGCCUGGUGGAGCUCUCCGAGCAUUCCCCCCAUGACAUCACUGGUGUCCUGAAGCAUUUCCUGAAGGAACUUUCAGGACCCAUUCUGUUGUACCAGCUCUAUGACAACCUCAUUGCGCUUGCCAAAGAAUUGCAAAAAGCUGGGGAAGAGAAGGUGGACUGCAUGAGCUUCCCCUCAGAUCCCAUCCAGAGCAUGAAAGACUUGCUGAGCAAAUUGCCUGGGAGCAACUACAACACUCUGCGUCAUCUCAUCGCACACCUGUACAGGUGAGGAGAGUGCUGGUGCUGUGGAGGGUAAAAAAAAUACAUUUAUCAUGGAGUCAUUAAGGUUGGAAAAGAGCUCUCAGGUCGUCAUAUCCAAUGUCUGACCCA